AUGGCUUCAGUGUUCACAUGUGGAGUUGAAGACCUGCUGUUCAGCGGCAGCCGCUUUGUUUGGAACUUGGCAGUCUCUACUCUAAGGAGGUGGUACACACAGAGAGUGAGGGGUUGCCACCAAGCUCUGAGAACAUGGUGCGGGAUAAGGGACGUUUAUCAGAUGACAGAAGGGAGAUACUGCCAGGUACAGCUGCUGGAUGACAGGAAGUUAGAGCUGCUGGUUCAGCCCAAACUUUUGUCCCGAGAAUUGUUGGAUCUGGUGGCUUCACAUUUCAACCUCAAAGAAAAGGAAUAUUUUGGGAUAACAUUCAUAGAUGAUACAGGCCAAAAUAUCUGGCUACAGUUAGAUCAUAGAGUUCUGGAUCAUGACUUGCCCAAGAAACCAGGUCCAGCAACGUUAUACUUUGCUGUUAGAUUUUACAUUGAAAGCAUUUCCUUUCUGAAAGACAAAACUACAGUAGAGCUCUUCUUCUUGAACGCCAGGUCCUGUGUGCAUAAGGGACAUAUUGAGGUGGAAAGUGAGACAGUCUUCAGAUUAGCGGCUUUGAUUUUACAGGAAGCUAAAGGGGACUAUUCCAGUGAUGAAAAUACAAGAAAAGAUUUAAAAACCUUGCCCGUCUUUCCUACCAAGACGCUUCAGGAACACCCAUCUCUCAGCUAUUGUGAGGACAGAGUCAUAGAACAUUACGUAAAAAUUAAGGGGCUGACCAGAGGACAAGCCAUUGUUCAGUACAUGAAAGUGGUUGAAGCACUGCCUACUUACGGAGUCCAUUACUAUGGAGUAAAGGAUAAACAAGGAAUCCCAUGGUGGCUUGGAAUCAGUUAUAAAGGAAUCGGCCAGUACGAUUUACAAGAUAAGGUUAAGCCAAGGAAAUUAUUUCAAUGGAAACAGCUGGAGAAUCUCUACUUCCGUGAGAAGAAAUUUGCUGUGGAAGUUCAUGACCCUCGAAGAAUUUCAGUAUCAAGAAGAACUUUUGGACAGAGCGGUCUUGUGGUACAAACCUGGUAUGCGAACACUUCUCUGAUCAAAUCCAUCUGGGUUAUGGCAAUUAGUCAACAUCAGUUUUACCUGGACAGGAAACAAAGCAAAGCAAAAAUUCCCUCAGCCAGAAGCUUGGACGAUAUUGCCAUGGACUUGACAGAGAUGGGAACACCAAAGGUUUUGAAACCAGUUGCUUUGGAGGUGAAGAAUCAAUUUAUUAUGGCUAGCAAUGGCAGCUUAAUCUCUUCAGGGUCUCAAGAUUCAGAGGUCAGCGAAGAGCAGAAAAAAGAGAAAAUCUCGGAGCUGAAAAAGAAAGAGCAGCAGCUACAAGAGAAGCUCCUGCAGAAAGUUGAAGAGCUGAAAAAGAUCUGCCUGCGGGAGGCGGAGCUCACUGGGAAAAUCCCAAGGGAAUACCCACUGAACACAGGAGAGAAACCUCCUCAGGUCAGAAGGCGUGUGGGCACAUCGUUCAGAUUGGAUGGCAGUCUGCUUCCCAGCGAAGAGGACCCAGCCCUUCAGAACCUGGAAAGCAAUUUUCUAAUUCAGCAAAAGCUAGUGGAAGCUGCAAAGAAACUUGCUGGUGAGCCAGACCUGUGCAAAAAUGUGAAGAAAAAAAGGAAACAGGAGUAUGCGGAAGCCGUGAAGAAACUUCAGGAGAUUGAAAAUUCCAUUAAUGAGUAUAGGAUUAAAUGCGGGAAAAAACCUGCACCAAAAUCGACCCUGACCUUAGCAGAUGAUAUAAUCCCGUCUGAGAGCAGCUCUUUAUCUGAUACAACAACAUGUGAAGAUGGCAGUGAUUCCCUGGCUGUACCUGGCCAAAGAACAAACCAUGUGCCUCUUUCUCCAAAAUCUCCAUCACCGAAAUCUCUUGGUGUGGAGAGAAUCCAUCUCAGAAAGUCAUCCAUGAAUGAGAUGUUCCUGGAAUCAAGACACUCCAGAGAUCCCUUGUCAACACACAGCAGUCCAUACAGAACAGCAGAGAGGCAGAACCACGGUGGAAGAAGCAUGCCCACGACACCAGUACUCACUCGCAAUGCAUACAGUAGCACUCACUUACAGCCAGAUGUUUCCCCCCAGCACUGCAGGCAGCGGAGUGGCAGCUUAGAGUCUCAAACCAACUUGCUGUCUGAGACUGCUAGUGAAAAGCCAUUGUUCACGCUUUCAAAAUCCCAAAGAAGCAGCAGUACAGAAAUCCUGGAUGAUGGAUCAUCCUACACCAGCCAGUCGAGCACGGAAUACUAUUGUGUGACCCCAAACCCCUGCUUUACUGCCCAGACUCUUGACAACCGGACAAGAAACAGGAGGCGAUCUAAGAAACAGAACAUUUCUGCUGCCAAUUCAGGAAGUAUGCCAAACCUAGCCCCAAAAGAUGUCCGCAAUGGCAUUUAUCAAAAAAGUCAAGUGCCGCCAUCGGCUAACAGCUACAUUUCUGGCUACGCUCCUUACAUGGAAUGUGAUAUGUAUUAUAAUGGUGGCUAUAUGUAUGAGAAUGGCACAGAGGGGCAAUACACUGUCAACCCUUCCUACCGCUCAUCGGCACACUAUGGAUAUGAGCGCCGAUAUCGGGAAUUCAGGUCCUUCCAUGAGGAUGAGAUGGAAAGAGUGCCACACAACCCUUAUGCCACCUUGCGCCUGCCGCGGAAGCAGUCUGUGAAAUCUGAGCACAUCACCAAAAACAUUCACAAGGCCUUAGUAGCAGAGCAUCUUCGUGGUUGGUACCAGCGUGCCUCUGGUCAGAAAGACCAGGGACUUAGCCUGCAGGCAGGCUUUGAUGACAGAGGAUCACAGAGGAGCCUGGGUUUUGCUGGACUGCAGGUACCAUGUUGUCCAAGCAGCCGUGCGUCAUCAUUCUCAUCAGCAUCUUCUAUAAAUGCCUCUGGGAACUGGCGGAAUCAGAUUGCGCUUUCUGAUUACGAUACACUCUCUCAUUCCUCUUAUGCUAGCUCUUACGGGACUGUGUAUGGCACCCAUCCACUGCACAGCAGGAUGUAUGCUGAGACAAGCCAGCUGAACAGCAGUGAUCGCAACCAGCUGGAGGGUGACUUGCAAGGCAGCGAACAGAAACUGUUUUGGCACGAAGAUUCGAAACCUGGGACUUUAGUGUGACUCUGCCCUCUGCUCCCCUGACCAUGUGUGCCUUGCACCGUAUGCUGUUCCUACAAAAAAGAGCUUCCCAGCGCAACUCAGAAAUGAGAACUUGGGUGGAAGGAUAAAGCAUUCUGUGAGACAAAGCUACUGCAGUCUCUUACCCAUGCAAGCACAGCUUUGUGAAUUCAAGCAGCCUAAACAAGGAAGGGUCAGCUCCAUAGUUUGGUUUUAAAUCUCCUACCAAACACAACCUUUGGCUGAAGUAUUUUCCAGAAAGCACUUUUUAGCAGAUGGGAAGUUGUUGAAGGUGCAGACUUCUGAAAAUGUGAAAAGGAGAUUCUUCUUGGGAAGGAAGGAUUUUUUUAGGAGCACAAUUCAGAUAAUCAAGAUAUUGAAGACACUUCUGCCGUAGCAUCUGCUGAUCAAAAAGACAACUUUGUGGUCUAUUGAAGUACAUGAACCCACGGAGGGAGCCGAGGAUUGACUCUUUGUAUUGCAGCAAUUACUUGAAGGACGUUUGGGCUUUUCAUACAGUAUUUUGAAUGAGAAAAAAGGUGUAUGUUUUUAACAGUGUGUUGUCUUGAAUAUGUCUUUCUGUUCUCAACACCACAGAAAAAGGAAGCAGCAGUUGCAUCUAGUAAUGCACUGUAUGAAAACUAUUCCCGCAUAUCGGGUGCUUUCUAGGAAGCGGGAGCAGGCGGAUUCAGACCUCUUCCCUGAUCAAAUGAAAUGCGCACUUCUGCCGGGAUAUGUCUUCAUUUAUGCAAAGAUGCAUGCAGGUUUAAUGUAGAGUAUGCACAGAGAAACACUAGAUAUGUCGUAAGAAAUAGCAGAUUUGCUACAAAAUGUGUUGCUGAUAUGAAAAAUCACCAGUGCAUUGAACAAUAUUAUAAUAGGGGCCAGUAUUUUUUUUUCUAAAAACGGAUGCAAAUGCAUUAAAUUGUAACACCGUGUUGGUGCCUUAAAAGCAAAGGGCAUUAAAAUGGUUAUCUGAAAAGCAGCUGUGCUAUUUGGCAGUGCAAUCCUCAACAGAUAUUCACCCGAGUCACUCACCCCAAACCAGCAAAAGGCUGCAAACUCACUGUUGUUCUGCACAAGAAUAAGAUCAGUGGUAAUCACCUGUCAGCUAAGGAAAAGAUAGAGGGGCAGGGCAGGCAGGCAAAGAAUACCUGGAAUGGGUCCAGGCUGGAGCCUGAGCUGGAACAAAGAGCGGUUGGUUGUGCAUCAUCUGUUUGGUGAUGCAGGAGUUGGAUAUGUGGUCUUUUCCUCUGAAGCAGCCUUUUUUGUUGUUUUGUGAGGUAAGCCAGAUGUAAAAGUCUCUUUCCACAUGUAGAUUGACUUGUAUAGAUCAGGGCUGUUCUACUGAGUGAUAAAUUAACAUUUCACAAAAUAAUUGAAUAUUGUUCCAUGUGCAGGGAAAAAUCAGCUGCAGGUUUUAUCUAGGAGGGAUAAUCCUACCUCAUAUCAUCUACCUGUAGGAACAAAUUAACAACAUAAUUUAGUGUAAUUUUACAAAAUGCACAAAUUUUGGUUCUCAGACAUACCUUGUGCUUCAGGAUUCCAUACAAUGGUGCUUGUGGGGAGUGUCUUUUUUAACACAGGAUGGAUCACUCCUUGUUCAUAUUGUGAAUAGAAAUGUUUCUGAAAAUAAGUUUUUGGAUCUUUUUUUAUGGACACUCCAAAGCAUGUAAAAAAAUCUAUCUAUAUAUAGAUAUAUAUACAGAGAGUCUGAAUUUGUUAAGCUGGUCCUUAGUCAUUUGUAUUAUUAGAAUUAAAGUUUGGAAUAAACAAGGGAAAAUAAAAAAUAAUUUAUUUCUUUUGUGCAUAUUUGUAUAGCCUUUUAGAAAGAAGAAAAUCUUUUUGCUUAUUCUUUUACUGACCUGACUUUUUAAAGACCUAUGAUUUUCUAUAGGUCAAUAAACUUAA